AUGCCGGAGACCGCUCACCACAUGAACGGAUACGCUAACGGGCACACGCCGCCCGAGCUACAGCAGGACACCAGUUUUCUAUUCACUUCAGAGUCCGUUGGUGAAGGCCAUCCAGAGACUGUGACAAAAACAGGAAUGAUCCUAUUAUGUGGAGAAAUCACAUCAAAAGCUGUGGUAGAUUAUCAGAAAAUUGUUCGGGAUACUGUUAAGCAUAUUGGAUAUGACGAUUCUUCGAAAGGUAAAGAACAUUCUCAUUUGUUUUUCAUGUUUCCUCUCUUCAGCGAUGUAUGUUUGUUAAAUCCUUUAAUACCCUCGAAAUUUUGUUAAAUUUAUUUUAUCUGUACAUCUAAAACAUUUGAAAUUUUCCUUGCUAACAUAAAUGAUUUCCAUCUUCUAUACACAUGCCCUGUGGCCGGAAUGAUGUUUUUAUUAUCUUAUUCCUCAUAAAAUUCGCCUCAUUUGGUUCUCCAGAAUCAGAUAUUAUGAAUACACGGUCGAAUCAUGGCACGAAAUAUUCCGGCAUUAAAUAUAAAUUUUAUUGCUGUGUUUUACUUAUUACGAAAUUACAAAUACUUUUAUCAUUUUGAAAAUGUAUAUUUUUAUAAUAGAAAGAUGUGCUUUACGCUACAUACACGUUAAUAAAAUAUUAG